AUGGGCGCCAUAACUCGACGAAUCCGUCGCCUAGCUGCCAAAGGGGAGCUUGACCAGCAGACCGCAGACGUGAUGCUGAGCAAAGUGCCGCGGAUUCUUAAAACAAAACACCUUUACCAGAAGAUUCGCGACACCGCUACCUCCAGCUUCACGGCAGAAGACCUCAAGGAGGACUUUGACAUUAUAUUCUGGGAUGACAAGAAACCCCUGAACAAGCCCAUCUUCUUCAAGCAGCUAUCAGAAAACUUUCUCACUUCUCACUAUAAGGUGCCGUGCUUCAAACGCCAUGGCCCAUCAGAGGACACCAGUGGCGCGCAGUUUUGCUACAACUUAACGCUCGACCUGUCAAACUUCUUGGGUGGCAUGGAGGCCAAAGUCGACGGUGUCACUUUGCAACUAGACUCGGAUUGGAAGAAUGAUAGAGCUCUCUACAAUAACUCUUCCAUCCUAGAAUAUGACAUGGAGGGUGGCAAGAGCAAGCACCGCUAUGAGUGGAUGACUCUGUUGAUCUGCGGACGGCCGGACCUCCCGCACACACUUGUCACCUCUCGCCAUAUGGUUCAUGACCCAUCCCAUAUCCUGCGGAGUGAGUUGAUGAUCAUCCUUCGCGUGUUGUACACGAAGACCAAAGAAUGCAAAUGGGCUGCGCAUAAAACAAUCCCAGUCCUUCUAGUCUCCAUGCGUGGUGGCCAAUUUCGUGUCAUUGAAGCGUACCACGGCGAUAGUAAAGUCGUCUUAAGAUACAGCAACCCAAUCACUAUGCCAUAUGAAGAAAAUGCAACCUCGUCGCAAGCAAAAAUGAGCUCGGUUGUGCGAUGGAUGUUCUCUGACCCGGUUGGGAAUACUCUCGCCUCACCACAAAGUGCGAAGUAA